CUUCGACCGGACAGCUUCAGAAAAUUUUUCCUCGUUUUCUCAAUGUGUUUGUGCGACUGUUGACCUUUUGGAAGAGUUCAAGAAGUUCCUUAUUCCGGGUCUAGAUCACACCCACCUUACAACCAGAAAGAUUUUACCUUUGUUGCCGGACGUGCGUUCCGAUACAAUGGAGCUGCAGUUGAAAGGUUGAUGAGUGUAUAUACACGUGGCUCUUGGUCUACUUCUGUGUCGUAUAUGCAAACUUCUCCUCACGGAAAGGUUUGCGGCGUUCUACUCUCUCUUCUUGUAUUAGCUUUAUAGUGGUACUAAAGACAGCAAUAUAUAUGGGAUUCUGAAUUUGAGAUACCCAUUUUUGGGGAUUCGUGGGGUUUUCACCGUUCUGGUGUGGUACCUGGUAAUAUUUCCAGAGGUUGAAAUCGAAGACCCGAUUGGGCUUUGUGUAUUAUGUUGUUCUUUGGAGGUUUCCUGUGAUUCAACGAUCAGCUCCACCAAUGCCUGUCCCGAUUUUUGAUUUCUUGGCAAGUGGAGGUUUUUAAAGGUAUACGUUGAAGAAGGUGACAAAAAACUCAUUUGGCUCAUUUUAUUGGUGGAGAAUUCUUGUUAAUAUAGUUCUGUAGAAUGCAGAGGAGUUUUGAGACUUUCUAAGCUUUCUAGAGCUCUAACUUUCUCUGUUUGAGCAAAGGAAGAACAUAAAAAGAAAACUAAGUUCUGAUCGAUCACAUGAGGAACAUGAAUGAGGAAGAACUGAAUGACAUUGAAAGUUCUGAGAGAAAGGUCAUUGAAGAGAUUCGAGAAGUGCCAGAGGUAGUCAAGAGAAUUACAUCAUGGAAGAGUCAGAUAACACUGCGGGGACUUCUAGCUAGCUUAGCUAUUGGAAUCAUUUACAGUGUGAUAGUGAUGAAGCUCAACCUCACAACUGGGCUAGUCCCCAACCUUAAUGCCUCAGUUGCUUUCCUCACCUUUAUCUUCAUCAGGGCAUGGACUACACUGCUUGAGAAGGCUGGAAUUGUAUCAAUUCCAUUCACCCGACAGGAGAAUACUAUCAUUCAGACUUGUGCAGUGGCAUGUUAUAGUAUUGCUGUUGGAGGUGGUUUUGGGUCUUAUCUGUUGGGUUUGAACACAAAGACAUAUGAACAAGCAGGGUUUGAUACAAAGGGGAAUAUGCCAGGGAGCACCAAGGAGCCUGGGAUUGGUUGGAUGACUGGUUUCCUCUUUGUAAGCAGCUUUGUCGGGCUUUUAUCAUUGGUUCCUCUCAGAAAGAUAAUGAUAGUCGACUACAAAUUAACUUAUCCUAGUGGAACUGCUACUGCUAUUCUUAUUAAUGGUUUCCAUACUUCUAAAGGAGACAAGAUGGCCAAGGAGCAGGUUCGUAGGUUCAUGAAAUGCUUUUCGCUUAGUUUCCUUUGGGCCUUCUUGCAGUGGUUCUAUUCAGGUGGAGAGCAAUGCGGAUUUGCUCAGAUUCCUGUGUUUGGAUUGCUGGCUCGGAGCAACUCGUUUUACUUUGAUUUCAGUAUGACUUAUAUUGGAGCAGGAAUGAUCUGUUCCCAUCUCGUAAACUUGUCUUUGCUUCUUGGCGCGGUGCUCUCUUGGGGGGUGAUGUGGCCACUGAUAAGGGGGCUCAAAGGGGAUUGGUACCCUGAAACUUUAUCGGAAAGCAGCAUGAGGAGUCUUAAUGGUUACAAGGUUUUUAUUUCUAUUUCUCUGAUCCUCGGAGAUGGGCUUUUCAAUUUUCUCAAGAUACUGUACUUCACCACCAGAAACAUCCAUGCCAGAGUGAACAAAGACCUUAAAACAUCUUUGGAUGACCAGAAUCAGCCUCUUGAUGAUCUGCAACGAAAUGAGGUCUUCAUAAGAGAGAGCAUUCCCACAUGGGUUGCAUGUACAGGGUACACACUCUUCUCCAUUGUCUCCAUCAUUGUGAUUCCACUCAUGUUCCCUGAGUUGAAGUGGUAUUACGUAGUUGUUGCUUAUGUUCUUGCACCCUCUCUUAGCUUCUGCAAUGCUUAUGGUGCGGGUUUAACUGACAUGAACAUGGCCUAUAACUAUGGGAAAGUUUCUCUUUUUGUGCUUGCUGCCAUGAGUGGAAAAAACAAUGGCGUGGUUGCAGGGCUUGUGGGCUGUGGUCUGAUUAAAUCCAUAGUUUCCAUCUCUUCUGAUUUGAUGCAUGAUUUCAAGACUGGCCAUCUCACUUUCACUUCCCCUCGAUUGAUGCUUGUAAGCCAAGGUAUUGGGACAGCUAUAGGCUGCGUGGUUGCUCCUUUCACAUUCUUUCUUUUCUACAAGGCUUUUGAUGUUGGGAACCCAGAUGGAGAAUACAAAGCCCCCUAUGCCAUCAUCUACCGCAACAUGGCAAUUCUAGGUGUUGAAGGCUCCUCAGCUCUUCCCCAACACUGCUUGGAAAUAUGCUGUGGGUUUUUUGCCUUUGCCAUAGCAGCCAACUUGCUGAGAAAUCUUAACCCAAAGGGUAUUGGGAAAUGGAUUCCACUUCCUAUGGCUAUGGCUGUGCCUUUCCUUGUUGGUGCUUACUUUGCCAUUGAUAUGUGUGUCGGGAGUUUGAUUGCAUUUGCUUGGCACAAGCUAAAUGGCAAGAAGGCCAAUUUGAUGGUUCCUGCAGCUGCUUCUGGUUUGAUAUGUGGAGAUGGAUUAUGGAUUCUUCCCUCAUCAAUCCUUGCUUUGGCCAAUAUACGUCCUCUGAACUGCAUGAGCUUCUUUCCGUCCAGGUAGAAUUUUUUCAAGAGAGAGAGAGAGUAUAAAUGGUAGGCUAACACAGGUAAAGCUUAUUGCAGGCAUGACACAUAAAUCUUCAACAAGCGUAGGGAUGAUAAUCUCUGUUUCGAUUUCUAUGUGAAUUCUUUAAAAGGUACAAAAUAAACAACAUUGAUUUUUAAAUCACCAUGAACUAUGUGAGUUCUUCGGUAUCUAUCCCUAUCCAGGAAUUAAAGCAGCAUUUUGAGUAGUUCCUUUAAAGGAUUAUAUGCAUAUGAGCUCAAGUAGUAUGGAAGCACUGAUCUCUGAGAGUAAUGAUACAAAUACAAUCAUUUUUACAAUUUUGUAUUAAAUGGGGUGCAUUUUUGUUCAAAUAAGUUGUAAAAUAGUUAUAGGAGUAUAAUUAUUUUACAAAAAUGUCUUCCAUUAAAGUAGAAUGAAAAUGGUUGUAU